GUCAUUGCGAUGUUAUAAGAAACCCUAGUUUCGUCCCAUAUAACUCCUUUCACUUGGCACCCGACGCAGCUUCGGCUUUUGCAACACUCUCUGCUUCCUCUCUUAGCUCGAUUUUGAUCCCUUUAGAAUGGCGUCGGAGAAGAAGCUCUCGAACCCCAUGAGGGACAUUAAGGUCCAGAAACUCGUUCUCAACAUCUCCGUUGGUGAGAGUGGUGAUCGUCUCACCCGUGCCUCUAAGGUGUUGGAACAGCUCAGCGGUCAAACCCCUGUCUUCUCCAAGGGUAUGUACGAUCCUUCUACUGGUAUCUACGGAAUGGACUUCUACGUUGUUCUUGAACGUCCAGGAUACCGUGUGGCUCGUCGCCGUAGAUGCAAGGCUCGUGUUGGUAUCCAACACAGAGUAACCAAGGAUGAUGCUAUGAAGUGGUUCCAAGUUAAGUACGAAGGAGUUAUCCUCAACAAGUCUCAGAACAUCACCGGUUAAAAAGAAGCUUAAAAUCUUUAGAGAUUUUUGUUGUUGUUUUUUUAGCUUUGUUUCAAGCUGUCAUCUUUUACUAUUUCUGGGAUGUUAAAGAAUUUCUUGUUGAGUAAAAAACCUUUUUCUGACAUCUGUUUGGUAGAAUCUAAAUCUUCCAAGAACCUUGGAGAUAUGAUUUUUGUUUUUCUCGAGUUUACCGUCUUCAUUUAAACAAGUUAUCAUUCAAAGUAGUUCAUUCGAUUUCUAUUCUAUUCGAUCCCUGUAACUUGCAUAACUCUUCAGCAAGAAGCUAUAAUUGUCCUAAGAGAUUUGAGAGUUAGUUUUGAA